AUGAACCUGGGAUCCCGCAGCUCAUCACUGACCCCUUGGACUACUCCUAGGAGCAUUCAUCUUCGUGACACCCCAAUACAACUGGGGUUACCCCGCCAACCUCAAGAACGCGAUCGACUACCUCUUCAACGAAUGGGUGGGAAACCGGCCAUGGUCGUGUCAUAUGGCGGUCACGGAGGCGGCCAGUGUGCUGGGCAGUUGAAACAAGUCCUUGGAGCUGUUCGGAUGAAGGUCGUGCAAAAAAGCGUCGGAUUGACUUUUCCCGGCCCGGGCAGAGAGUUCCUUGCCAAGGCGGCCAGGGGGGAUGACUUGGGGCUGGUUAUGGGUGAAGGGUUGUGGGCGAAGGAGGCGGAGGAGGUGAAAGAGGUCUUUGACGAAUUGCUGAAGAUAUUGCAUGAAGAAUGA